GCUCUCAGUCGGCCCUGCAACGAAGAUGGCGGAAGCUCCCCCGCGGCCCUGCCGGUUCUUCUGCCACCGGUGUUCGGAAGAGAUCAGCCCUCGGCUCCCGGAUUACAUCUGUCCGCGGUGUGAGUCCGGCUUCAUCGAGGAGUUGUCUGAAGAGAGAAGUUCAGAGAAUGGGUCCACAUCUACAGCCUCUAAUGAUCAGAAUCGGCCCUCGUUUGAGAAUGUGGACCAGCACUUGUUUACGUUCCCGCAUGGUUACAGUCAGUUUGCUCUGGGGAUCUUCGAUGAGGGCUUCGACUUCAGAGCGGGUUUGCCAGCGGAAGAUAACCGUGACGCGGAGAACCGCAGAGAGCGGGAGAUGGCCUCACGACAGCGCUACGGGGCUAGACAGCCACGGGGGCGACACGUUCCCCGGAGACAAGGAGUGCGGCAUGAGGGUGUACCCACUUUAGAAGGAAUCAUUCAGCAGUUAGUUAAUGGAAUUAUUGCUCCAACAGCUAUGCCAAACGUGGCGAUGGGGCCAUGGGGAGUGCUGCACUCAAACCCAAUGGACUAUGCAUGGGGUGCCAAUGGAUUAGAUGCCAUCAUAACUCAGUUAUUAAAUCAGUUUGAAAAUACGGGUCCCCCUCCGGCAGACAAAGAGAAGAUUAAGAGUCUCCCUACGGUCCAGAUAACACAGGAGCACGUGGGUGCUGGUCUAGAGUGUCCUGUCUGUAAAGAAGACUACAGCGCAGGAGAGAACGUUAGACAACUUCCUUGCAAUCAUCUCUUUCAUAACGACUGUGUAGUUCCCUGGCUUGAGCAGCAUGACACGUGUCCAGUGUGCAGGAAGAGUUUGAGUGGGCAGAACACAGCCACGGAUCCACCCGGCCUAUCAGGGAUGAACUUCACCCCCUCUUCCUCCUCCUCUUCCUCCUCCAGCUCUCCGAGCAACGAGAAUGCCACCAAUAACUCGUAAGAGCUCAGCCGAG